UAUAUCAGUAUAUCUCGCUCAAGGGAUGCGAGCCACUGUAACGAUUUGCUUCGCUAGUUUGUUCGAGCCGAAUAUGUUUGUUAUAGCUUCACUCGUUCUAAUUCUGCCUCAUACUGCCGUUUCGGGGAAAUGUUGAUUAAGUUUCUGACUAAGUAACUAGCUAUUAUCGGCUGAUUAUCAACCCGUCAGAUUAUCAAUUCAUCAAUAUGUUAAGUUACUACUACUGGAUAGUGCUCGGCAUAUUUGUCACACUUUUCAUCGAAAGUCAAGCGAUCGGAGAGAUUGUAAAGGAUCCAACUUUAUGUGGCCGGCUAAAAUGUCAAGUAAAUGGCCGAGCCGAGGGUCGAAAAUUCAAAUACCAAGAGAAAGUGAACUACAAGUACAGAUACAGAGUGGACGUGAGCGCGAAUUUUGGCGAUUCCGGCGGUAAUGAAAGUGAAUCACGACUAUAUCUGGAGGCGGACAUGACGCUGCGAUUUAUGACGCCAUGCGAGGGCUCGUUGCGCUUCGGCAAUGUUAGUUUGAGCCACAAGCGCUCAAGCUUCGAUAGUGAGUUCCCGGACCGCGCAAAUACCAUGUUCCAAGUCGGGUUAGAGCAGCAUUUACUACGCUUCGCUUUCGAUGACGGAUUUGUACGCGAACUAUGUCCCGUAGACUCAGAGGAGACCUGGGCGCUCAACAUUAAGCGCGGCGCACUCUCCAUGCUACAGAAUACGAUGCUGCGCUUCGACGUGGACCGUCGUCAUGAAGAGCUCGACGUCAGUGGAAUCUGCGAAACCGAAUAUCGAUUGCACGAGGCACGUAAGACCAGUCUAAUCGUGCUCAAGAAUAAGAAUUUGGCGAGUUGCCGGCAAAGCGGUAAACACCUGUCGAUCGUCCAGUCGCAGAGCUAUCGCAGCCCGUUGUCGCGAACGCAUGCACUCCGUCAACCACUACUCGAUUCAGAAAGAGAGUGCGAGAUCACCAUUGACCACAACAUCUACCAACAUGUGCACUGCCGUGAUCAUCACAAGCUCAGACCAUUGUCAAACGGGACUGGAGCGGGCGCCCGCGCGCAGGUAAGCGCGAGCUUAGACCUUAUGGAAGAGCUCAAUGAGAGCCCUUUCGCUGAUGAGAACAAGGACGAGUUAGAGGGUUUCGUUCACUCAAAGCGUACCAACCUUCUUUAUGACCAUACUAAAUCUUCGCGCACGAUGUACGGCGAGCUCAGGACAUCACGUGAUCUUCUAAAGGCUAUGUGUAUAUUAGGCACACCUCAUGAGCUGCACCUCAACUUCUCUGAGACCUUUACUAAGUUCAUACAUUCAGCUCGCAUGCUCGAUUACAACGGUCUCUCACAGCUGUUCCAACGUGCUCAAACCGUUUGCAACUCUGCUAGGAAGCAUAUAAUAAGUGCACUGCCCUACAUUGGUAGUAAUGCAGCAGUGAACGUGAUGAAAGAUCUGAUAAUCAAACGUGCAGUAGAUAAGGAAAAAGUAAACUUUUGGAUAACGGCUUUUACGCUGAUUCCGAGGCCGGAUCGUCACACGAUCUACGCGUUGGCACCGCUGCUUGAUUUCGAGGCCAAUAUUUCCGAGGCCCAGUUCGUACUUAGUUACUCUGCAGUUGUACAUACAUACUGCGAAAAUCACGGCUCGAGCUGUGCCAGUCUUGAUCCCGUGCGAAAGCUCAUCAACUUUCUAGAGGGCAAUGUGGAUAAGGGCUGUGUGCCGCGACCUCACGAGAGAAAUGAGAUAAAGCAGACGUUGGAGGCACUAAAAGCCAUAGGAAACGCUGGCCUAAAGAGCGAGACUUUGCUUGAAAAAUUGCAUAAAUGUGUGACAGAUGAAAGUGGAUUUAUACCGAUGGAAGUGAAGCUCGCAGCUAUCGAGGCCCACCGUCGGUUGCCAUCAUGUGAAAAAUCGAGAGACCAAUUCUUUCUUAAGCAAUACCGAAACUUUAGCAUUGACACGGAGAUACGGAUCGCCUCGUACUUGCAAGUGAUGCGCUGUCCAGAUUACAAUAUUAUCAAGCUUAUCAGGCGCACCCUCGAGGAAGAACAAGUAAACCAAGUGGGUUCGUUCGUGUGGAGUCAUCUAAAAAACAUGUUAUCAUCAUCAUCGCCGACACGAAUUGAGAUCCAGAGCUUGCUAAAUGAUCGAGACCUGGGCAACAAAUUCAACAGCGACAUGCGCAAGUUCUCCCGUAGCUACGAGAGCAGUUUCUUUUCCGAAGAGUACAAUUUUGGGGCCAACUCGCAGACAAGUGUUGUGUUUUCACCCAAAUCCUACAUCCCACGAACUGCCUCCUUUAACUUCACCCUCGACCUAUUCGGUGAAUCGAUUAAUUUACUAGAGGUAAGUGUGCGCACUGAAGGCCUGGAAUACUACGCAGAGGGUCUGUUCGGGCCACGAGGGCCCUUUAGCGGUGUCAAGGUGGCCGACCACUUUCGCCAGCUACUACGCCAGCUGCGCUCAGCAUCCGAGAAAUCUGGUGACAAGAAAGGGUCCGAAGGACCCGAGGAGCAUUGGCAGCGAGUGCGCGCCAUGCCCAAUGUUAUCGACAACGAAUUCGAGCGGCCACGCAUCAGUCUUAGCUACCGGUUGUUCGGUAACGAGCUUAAGUUCGCGACGUUCAACAGUGACCGCGAGAUCCGCGAUAACUUGGCCAGUCUUGACCCUUGGCGCACAGUUCAACAGAUACUAUCGGGCAAAGAAGUCAUGCAUUACGAAAAUACAGCCAUGUUCCUCGAUUUGUCUUACGUGGUACCUACAAGCGCCGGACUACCCGUACGCCUCGAUCUCUCCGGUUCAGCCGCUUGCAACAUAAAGCUCUCGGGUAUGCUUGAUAGCCAAAAACUCAUGAGUAACGGCGAACUUGGCCUUAAUGCAAGCCUUAUGCCUAGUGUUAGUGUCGACGUCACCGGCACUAUGGUAGUCGAUGCCUUCUAUAAGAGCGCUGGUCUCAAACUCAAGAGCAGCAUGCACUCGGUCGGUGCGGUCGAGGCGGAUUUACAGAUCAAAAGCCUCAGACUCGCACGCCUUAACUGGAAAAUACCUAGUCACAGGAUGGAAGUGUUCUCGCUGACAACUGACGUCCUAUUGAUUAGGCUUAAUGGCGCCGAAUAUAAAGAGCAUCCGAUCGGUAUCCUGCUCCAAGCUAAGAAUGUCACUACCCCGAAGCAGCAUCCGUCAGUCAUAAAAAACACCACCUGCAGUUGGUCUGCUCUCGACAGGUUAAUCGGUUUGAAGCUCUGUGCUGAUUAUCAGUUUCCCAAUGUCACUAAGGACGUGAAUGGUUCCUACUUUGUACUCAACGGACCCACUAAAUUCAAGUUAUCUCUCAUCAAGGCUGACCCUACGGCCAACAGUUACCUUUUGGAGUACAAAUGGAAGCGAACCGAGAAUGAAAGUACAAUUAGGCUAGCUUUUGAUACUCCUGGCUCACAAAUGCAACGAGAAAUAAGUGCGAUGAUUUCCUUCGAUGCUCUCAACAAUAACGUGACAAUGCUGCUUAAAUCGAAGGGCAACUCUUUGAUUGCUGAAGGCACAUACAAAAGAUCGGAUGAUGAGACUUUCAUUGACAUUGGCCUCGACAGCAAUGGAACGAAGCACUUGGGAGCUAGUGUUGGAUACACGAGGAAAAGAGCAAAAUACGGAUAUACCUAUUCACCUAAAUUAUUCUUGGCCAUUAACAACGAACGAAUAGUCAAUCUCUCGGGUAUUAUACGAAAUCAAGACAAAAAUUACUCAUCUCAAUGCGAUAUAGACUUACGAUUCGAAACAAAGAAUUUGGCUAGUCACGUAUUUGGUUAUAUUCUUAGAAGCAAUAUGAGUGUUUCUGGCAAUGUAAAGAUUGAAUACCGCUUCCAGGAGAGAUUGAAGGACGAAAUUUUACAAACCGAGUUCUCACUGAUCAAUCGCUCAACGAAGACCUUGACCUACAAAGCGGCAGACAUGAAGCUACACUCUACCGCAUAUCCACAGCUAAACUUCGUGGCGGGCUUGCGCUAUCAGCACGCACUUGGUCAUAUUGAGCUUCACAUUGAAGUGAAUACUAGUCCACAUUUACACAAUGCGGACAGACAUAAGCUUACAGCUCAGUUUGUUGCAACAUACUCGAAGCCCUAUUUCCAAAUUGAUGGUGCUAAUGUGAGCGCGUACAUGGCGAUAACUAAGCCAGCACAGGACAUUGAUAUAAAAAUAGGCGUAAAUUACUAUUCGAUUGGGCCUGAGUCUAAGAUGCGGUUUCUGGUGCGUUACGCCCCCGGCAAAGAGAUAAUGCUUACAGUGGACGUAAUAAUGCCACGCGGUCAGCUGUUCGCAAUAGAGGGCAAAGCCAAUUUAACCAUACCAAACUUUAGCUCGAUGCUCAUGAGUGCUAAAAUAAUGGAAUGUACGCGCAAUGAAUACGAGAUCGACCUUGCUGGCACCUGGUUUAGUGGCCACAAUAUUUCUGCGACAGGCUCCUACUAUGAUCGCUCGACUGUCAUCGUAACUAGCCAUCAGCUCGACAUGCUGCUCAAAUCACCGAGUUUAACCAAGGACAUUCUAAUCAACUGCAGGCUCUACCAUGAUAACAGCGAUCUGAGCAUUGGUUUGUUUGUGGAGCAAUUGCAGUCGGACAAAUACACACUGCUACUGAAUCACUCUACGACUUCGCCAAAGCAUUUUCGUACGUUUAUCGAGGGGCGCUAUAAAAAUAGCACUUACUCGCUACUCUCGCGAGUAAACCUGGAUCGUCAGGCCGCACUGGAGCUACACCUAGAUAAGUGGCGAGAUAUUCACCUGAUGAUCAAAAGUGUGAACGAAGAACUGAGCAAGGAGUAUGGUCUCGAGGUUAAGUGGGAUGCAAGUCGUGAACCCGAGCUCAAGUUUGAAACGAACGUACAGCUGCAGCGACGAGUCUCGUUAAACAACAAUAGUCAAAACGUGAGCGCACUAAUGCGUUUUUCUUAUCCUGGUCGCUUGGUCAGCGGUUCCGCCGCGUUUGUACUGCGGCCGCGUAACAAUUAUCUCGUAGAUGCUCACCUCCGUUGGAGUCCUAGUCAGUUAGUCAGUUUCAAUGUCGACACUGACUACGAUACGAAGAAUUCAAUCAAAGUACUCAAAUUAGAGUCUCAACUGCUCACUCCAUUCGAACACUGGAAAAAGACAUCGCUUAAUGGAAAAUACGUGCAAACGGAUUCGGAGCUGAAAGCAAGCGGUAGCAUGUACUGGCAUGAUUCACAGCAUGUGCUAUUCGAAGUAGAGGGUUGGAGUCGUGAGCGCGAGGAUGGAGCGAACGAGUGGCGAGCCAACGGAGCUGUGCUCAGUAGCGUCCAUGCAAUCCAGUAUUUGACGACCAAUUUAAGCCACGUCUACGUCUACGCCAAGAGUGCUGAUUCGAGAUUGCUUGUACGCUACUUUCCUAACCAAGUGAUCGACGUCCGGAGUAUAUGGCUGAUCGAGGUCGAUCGUCGUGACGACAGCUUCAACGUGAGCGGUAAUUUACAGCUGCUUUCACCACUCGUCAGUUACCGCAAAGGCCAGUUCAAGUGCCAUCUAAGCUCACAAACCAAUUGGAAGCUUCUUGGCGUCGCCAAUCUUGACCUUGACAAGAGAAAAUAUGCCGUCCUACUAGUCAGCGAUCUUGUUAAAUUUAAGGAGUCUAUGAUCGAAGUUAACAUAACGACUCCCUUUGAAAAGUACGCCUAUAUACGCGGCCGAUUUGGAUUAUCGGAGAGAAAUAGACACAUUGUUGCUGAGGUGACUACCCCAGCGGGUCCACUUGGAGCUGAGGCUAUUUGCCAAUUAUUCACCAGCAAUUAUGACUUCAACGUUAAACUACUACUGGCAACUCCGAUCGAUGUCCUUCAGCAAGCGUUCCUCAUAGUGAAAUUUAAUCAGCAGGAAGCAGAUUUUAGACUAGCUUACAAUAACAUGACUGCUGGAUUCCAGGGAGUGUGGUUUUACAACAACAUAACCAACUUCCACUAUAGUUAUAUCCUGUACACCCCACUGCAAGGUUUUCACGAGAUUGGAGCGAUCACCAAAUUGGUAAUCAGCCAAAAGGAACCUGCCGGUUAUACGGACAUUAACAUGGAGUUUUCAUUACGUAUUGUCGAUCUCAAAGCCGGCAUCAAAGCUCAUGCAGGUCCAAAGCUGCCGCCACCUCUCACCAUACCCUUGAAGUCUGACCUAAAUGUUAACGAGAUCUAUGAAGACGCCGAAAAUAGUAUAUACUAUAAGGCCGAUAUUGAGUUGAACCUCGUUAUCAUAAAUCCAAUCGUUGGAACACUUGAUUUCGACCGAGAAGGUUACACUGAUAAAGUUCUAGUAAUCUUGAGAUUACCAUCGGGUGUAAUUGUAUUAGAAGAUCGUUUUUACCUGGAAGAUUUUUUCAAUAUCAAGAAUGACUUAAGUAUCGAAACUCCAUUUCAAUGUGCAUCUGAAAUCAUCUCCGCAUAUUCAUUCUCUGCCAACAUGGACACUAUGAAUUAUUUAAUGGAUAUAAGCUUCAAGAUUAUGAAUCAUACAGAAUGGAUAGAGUCUGGAUUGAACUUCAAUUAUACCUAUCAAUGCUUAGAAGACGGGGAUCCACAACUACACUCAUUAAAAUUAGAACUGACAACGCCAUUACAUUUUUUGAAAUUCGUCAAUUCUAAUACAGCUUUAGAAAUAGACGAUAAUUUUUACAAAACUAAUAUAUCGGUGCAAUCUGUUGAAACGUCUAUAAAUUUCAUCGGGCAUCUUGAGUACGAUACAAAUUAUUUAGAUGUCAGCAUACAAUCUAAAGUGGAUUCUUUUAUAUUUUCACUUCCAAAGAUGACAAUCAAUUCCAAAAAAGAUUUCACCGACAGAGAGAAACAUAUCGAAAUAAAUCUGGAUAUUUGGAAUACAAGUAAAACAGGAAAAUUCCAAGUCAGCUGGUUAACUAAUGACAAAUACUUAACCAAAGGCUCAUUGGUUUUGGAUACUUGGAUAGAACCAUUGAUAGGUAUCGACGUAGCAAUCAUUUACAACAAUAGUUUGAUUCUUGACAAUAGCCUGUCUCUGACUGCUUGUUGGACACAUCAUACAAAUCAAAGUUAUAAGUUGUCCGGUCGAUAUUCGAGUGAAGCUAUAGAAAUGGAAAUGAAGCAGCCCGCCCAACCACAGCUAUUGAAGUUUAGAGGGGAGUUCUUGGAGCUCGAGCGAGAUCUUUAUCAAGUGAAUGGCAACUUGACAAGUCCUGAUGCUUCGACAGCAUUUCACAUUAUUAGCCAAAUUCGAUUGGAAAACGGCACACUGUCUUCAAUUGAAGCGUGCAUCACGAGUACUGAAGAAGCAUUCACGGUAAAUCCUAUUAAGCUAAGGCUAUAUAGAGAGAAGUAUGGACUGAAUUUCGAACUGGAUAGCGCGAAUGUGAGCGCUAGUCUUCAGAUGAAUCUCAUCAACACUUUUAACUGGGACUUGCGCAGUAAGCUUAUACAAGUGCAGCAAGCUAAGGCCAGCAACGUAUAUAGCUUUGUUACCUUCAUGAACGUCCAGGUUAACGGUAACACUAGCCUCUAUAUGCAACUAGACGCACCCUGGGAGCGACUGCAGAGAUUGAUGCUAGACGGAAAUCUGCUUCUCGACAGCCAAACAGGAAAUGUACGCUUCAAGCAUCAACUCAAUCAGGAGUCUGCCCAGUUAGCUUUUGCCUGGCGGUUUUUCUAUAUGUCAGAUAUGCUGGCUCAUCUAUGCGUUGGUUAUCAGCGUUUAGGAUUCAGCGUCAACGAUUUCGAUGUUUUGGUCUUCUAUACGAAUCCACAGAGAACCUUUAAAAGCCUCGGACUGGGUUUUGAUGUAAAUUUUGAUCGCGAUCAGUGGCGCUUUGCUACUAAUGCCACGGUUGGUGUCCAGGAUUAUAAUAAUAUUGACGUCUUGCUUAAAGUUAAAGUGCCGCCGCCAGACAACGAUACUCAUAGUUUACUGAUUAGCUACCACGCCAAUGACGAUCGCAGAAAUUUGCGCUAUAUUGUUGGCUAUAACUCCGAUCUCGCCAAAUAUAACUAUGCAUCUGAUGGCACGUUAAUGAUGAACUUAAACGACAUCAACGGGCAUUUAAAAUUGACGUGGGGUCUACGGCCGGAUCAAACGCUCAACAACUUAUUCAACAUCAGUUUUGCCAGUAAAGAUAUCGAUUUUAAGUACUCGCUCUAUACGCCAAAGUUUCUGCAACAAGAAACGCUUCUACUCUACUUAAAGUACGAUGAUAAACACAGUAAGCAUACUUUUAUUGGCGCAAACCUGCAUUAUCCUGGUCAGAAGCGCAUUGGCUCUGCUAAUAUUUAUUACCAAAGCUUAAUCAACGUUAACGGCACUAUCGAUGCUUCGACCCCUCUUCUUAAUUUUGGACAGGUCGGCUGCAAAUUCAUUGUUAUGACUACCUUAAAGCAGAACAAACGCUUGCUAGAAGUAUAUUGGCAAAAUAACACGGCUUUAUUGGAUUCGGACUACAUUUAUAAUAGUCAGAGACUGGACUCAACACUGGACGGUCAUGUGCGCAUUGAAAUACCUUUAAACACGAGACACAUUGGCUUCUUUACCUACGGCUAUAAAAAGAAGCCACUACAGACCACUGGCCAUUUCGAGUUGAUUUAUAACAAAGACAAAAUCAUAGAAGGUCGCUACAUAGAAAAAAGUGAAGCACGAGCCGGAUUUGAACGUGACCACAUCAAUAUUACCAUAGAGAAUUGGUUGAAACCUAUUGGGAUAGCGUACAUCAAUCAGUAUGAAUACAGCGCUGGAAACGAGGGCACUAACUAUCCGUCGAUCGAGUACAAAGAGGUGAACGUAUACCAGCUGCACAAUGAAAGCGCAUUCAAUGUGUCGGGAAGUUCAAGAAUACGAACGACGCAUAGCGGUCAAGAGUUCGAGCUAAGCGCUGUACACUCGAAUCGUACGAUCAGGUUGCGUGCAGAUUACAAUGUUAUUCCAGGUGAAUUUCAGCAGAUGGUCUGGUUCAGCUUAGCCAAAGAUGCCUGGAUAUCGUACCACCUGCGCAUCGUCAACCGAAGUAAUGUGCAGUUGGAAGAGCAGAUGAUGGUGCUGAGUCUGCUGUAUCCGAGACGAAAUUUUACCCUCGAUGCCUCGUACGCACUAAGCACCUCAGAAUUGCAAAGUGAGGCGCGGCUCACAUGGAUGAGCCAUGGACUAGAGGAUAACGCUGAUGAACGCGAUGACUCGGUACCAUGCUGGAAGACCGUGGGCGCGGCCUUCAACUGGAGUAAUAGUAGUUCCGAGUUCGGCAUUGCUCAGCAUCGUGCUGUGCUGAGCCUCCGACAUCCGAGCUUUAAGAGCGACGUGCGCAUUGAAGGCCGGUCAACUCGACGUUCCAUCCACGAACUACUCAACCUCGGACUCAGUGUCGAUUACUCAAAUGAACGCGCCCGGCUGCUUAAUCUGAGCGCCUUAGUGCGCGACGAGAGCAGAUCAGCAGCAGGAGAGCGCUGUUACAGCUACGUGAUUGGGGGUAUCCAUCCCACCACCCAGCUACAGCUAGAUGUACACGGUCAUGCGCGCAAGGUAAAAGCUCUGCUGGUUGAGAUCUUCAAUGAGGGGCAGUACAAGCGCAGCUUCCUACCGGAAGAAACAGGUCAGCUGAUGGCUCGCCUCGACCUUACCGACAGUGAACUUGAGCUCAGUCGAGUUAGUAAUGAACACCUGCGCCACCUCCACCUUCGCUUCUAUCCUGACUAUCCGGAGUACCGAAUCAACGGUAGUGCAAUCAACGGCCGUGAAUUUAACGCCACUGGCUCUCUUUUAUUCAACCUCCACGAUAAGCUCGUCUUGAUGAUGCUCAAUUACACUCCAGAUGCUGUUGAAAGUCUGAGGAUGUAUGGAAAUGUACCGGACGCAAGAAAUGCCGAAUUUCAGAUCUGGCGCACUUACGAUCAGGACUUGACCGUCUCCGAUGUCUCUUUUUACGUGAGGCUUAAUCAUUCAAGGCUUGUCACUUCAAGACUCAAAUGGAGACCCCAGCUAAAAUCUGAUAUUCUAAAUCUCAUCAAAACUACUUUGUCAAACUCUUAUGAAGAGUUUGUCAGGGACGUCGACUAUUGGAAGCACUAUAUACGCAGUGAAACUGCUAGCGUGAUAUCGGACAUCUGGGCAGACGCUCAAAAUGAGCUUGAAGAGUUUUUGAACGAUCUCAAUGAACUACGAAUUAUCGAGAAUGACUUUGAGAAACUGAAAUUGUAUUUGAAUAAUUCAUACAAUGCCAACGACUUCUACAUAAAAGAUAUCAUACUCAUGGGCGUCUACGUCAUCGACGAGUUGUCGUUGCGUAGCCAUAUUCAGUCACUGCCGAAAAUUAUCAAUGAGAUAUGGGAAAUAAUGGGUGAAUCAGGUGAAGUCAUCCGUAACUCACUUCUUUGGAUCAUUGAAACUAUUAAGAACGCUUACCAAAAAAUCUCGGAAAUUAUCAGCGCGGUGUUGCGCGGAGAUUCGAUGAAUCAAAUUGCGAACAUUGUGGAGAAGUUCAUCGUCAAAUAUGACAUGUUUAUCAAGGAACUGCACGUGUCCUUCAUUAAGUACGUGGAGUACUUGUACGAUCAAAUUUAUCAAACGAUUUCACUUCAGUGGCACCGCUUUCUUAUGCACAUCGAGCCUGCUUUUAUUCGGCUGGCUCACUAUCUUGAGACAAUGGGCUGGAAAGCGAUUCAAGAGUUUUUCAAUUUUUUGUACGAUCGUAAAAUUGAACUGAUCAGCUCGCCUUACUACGAUCACCUGUCCAACUUCACUCAGGAUAUCGAUAAAUUUUACCGCGAUAUCAAGGCUAACGACAUUGUAACUAAUGUGCAGAAAUACUCAACGGCAUUUGUACAAUUUAUCCGAGAACGCUACUUUGCUUUUGUGCCAUUUGGUAAAGAACUGAAAGACGUAUUUGAGGAGAUUAUCAAUGAAUUGAAGGAGUUACGCAAGCUACCAUCGGUCAAGUAUACAGUGGAGAAGCUUGAGCAGGCCUACGAACGCACGAUAUAUCUUUGGCAGUAUUUCGAAGUCAGAGUUAAACUGGAGAAUGGCCUUCGCCUCUUACAUGCUAAACUUAUGGAUAUCAGUCAGACGGCUCUGCAAGCAGAGUCGAGAUAUCGUGAGGCCAAGACUAAGUUUAUCUAUGACCCUAAUAAUGGCCUCAUGUGUCUGGAGCAAAAGCUGCCUAUGUCCUGGCAUGCUUUCAAUCAAACACCCGAAUUUCAGGAAAUACCCGAGUAUAGAGCCAUACGAGAUACGGGCUCUUACUUUGCCGCCUCUAACACCACUUUUUGGACCCUUUACUAUCAAUUUAAGCCUUUCACCGAACCUUCCAACUGGCUGCCCCCUUUUCGAGCUCAAGCAAUGAUAGUAGGUUCAAAUCACUUUCGAACCUUCGAUGGUUAUCAUUUUGACUUCGCUGGUAAUUGUACGUAUCUGAUGGCGCGGGACUUCGUACAUGACCAUUUUGCUGUCCUCAUCAAAUAUGACUCGGCGAGUCCGAUUCUUAGGCAUAAAAUUAUCGUUCUUGUGGGCAAUCAUGCUAUUGAGCUUGAUGUAUUUCAAAAUAGCGUGAGAUUGCUAGGGGAAAAGCAAACACCACAACUCCCUUUGGAGCUCGAUCAAGGUAGAGUAUUCGUCUACCAGGAGGAUAGCAUUGUAAGUGUAGAGCGGGCAGAUAGGCAAUUCAGGCUUGAGUGCAAUCUUAAGUACGAACUGUGCCGACUGGAGUUGGCCGGCUGGUAUUAUGGAAAAACGGCUGGAUUGUUGGGCACAAUGUCAAAUGAGCAAUGGGACGACUUACUGUCAUCCGAGGGUCGUCGUGAAAAUAACAUUCAGCGAUUUGCCCACAGUUGGACUCUUAGAGAUAUGGAUGGACACUGUAAACCGUGGAGCAAUUUAAACUAUUUGGCCGAGGCUAAAUUUACUCGGCCCUUACAAGAAUCUUUCUGCCACCGAUUUUUCGCCAACAAGAGCAGCGAAUUUAGUUCAUGUUUCGGUCUGGUGGAUCCUCAACCAUUUGACAGAAUAUGCACGUCGAGCUUAAGUUCGCGUGAGACAUGUGCCUUGGCCGUCGGCUAUCUACAGAGUUGCGCUUUCCACGAUACUUACCUGCGCAUCCCCGACGUUUGCACCAACUGCAUCAUAGAAAGCCGCGACGAUCAGAGCACUAGUGUACCCGAAGGCGAUUUCCGCAAACUAGAGGGAGAGAUGGUACCUCUUGGAACAGACGUGGUAUUCAUCGUGGAAGUCAAGAAGUGUAAUCAAAUGCUCGAAUCCGGACUAGAGCAAUUGGUUUCGCACAUGAGUAAGGAAUUGAUCGAAAGUGGAUUGAGUAAGGUACGCUGGUCGCUGGUGGCAUUCGGUGGCGUUGGCGUCUGGGAACGACCUCGUAGCCUCGUCCUCAACAACGAGAUUUUCACGACCGACCCACAGCGAUUUGCAAAACGCUAUUUUGCGCGGCUGUUACUUGCCAUUACCAACAAUAACAUGGAAACCGAGCAUUCAAUCGCCAGUGAAGACGUAUUCGAAGCAAUCCGCUUUGCUGUUCAGUUAGUUUUCCGCGCGGGCGUCUCUAAGACGUUUGUGCUACUGCCCUGUUCCCAUUGCGAGCCCGAUAAGCAAAAUCUUGACUAUUCGGUACUGUACCAUGCACUACAGGAACGCGGUAUAACUCUACACGUCCUUAUGCCCGGUGAGUUCCAGUUUGAGAGAGACGCUGCUGGCUCAGCCUCGAUGACUCGACUUAGCAAACUUUUUUAUGGGCUAGAUGCUAGUCUUUCAUAUACCAAGAAAGACUGGCGUAUGCUAAGUGGUAACCCCGAGCUAAGACGACAAGUCAAAUUAUCACGAUCUAAGCUGGGUUACUGUGCACCUCUUGCUCUUGAGACAAACGGCACGAUUUUUAGUGCUACCAAGCUCAGACUUACAAAACUUGGAGCUCUCAAGAAAUUCCUCGCAGUGUUUGCCAAACGACUCGUUCUUACCGCCCGGCCCAGCAAUUGUCAGCUUUGCGAGUGUAUUGCCAACAACGACGCCCUCACCAGGAUGGAAUGCUCGCCCUGCGACUAUCCGAUACCUCCGGCCAUGCUCAAUUUCACCGAUACUUUCAACGAAGAAGACGCAACUGGGAUACCAUCUAUUGAAUUAGAUUACGGGCAACUUGAUGGAGAUGAAGAUUAGAUAAAUAUUAUCAUAGGAGGCAGGCAAUAGUGUAUUUGCUUAAAAUAUAUUGAAUAAUUGUACAAAAUGAAAUUUGUCAGAUAUACCGAGUGAAAAUUUGCUCUCAUAUAAUUCAAUUUACAUUACUUAUUAUUUAUAUAAAUAUAUUUCAUGGUGAUCUAUUUCAACGAGUAGAAUAAGACAAGAGAGUUGUAUUCAUUGUCGUUUGCUGCGUGAUUGAUUGAGAUGUGAUGUGCACUUGAAAAAAAAGAAAAGAUUAGGUCAUACGCUGUUUUUGAGAUCUCUUAUGUAAAAUAUUGAAUUGUGUCAAUUAUAAUAUACGUAUCACACGUAUUCGCAGUAUAGUUCAUUUGUUCAAGUUUAUUAAGAGUUGUAUGCUGGCAUAUUUGUUGUCUACUAUGUCAGUUUGCCUAUCGUUUUCGUGAGUCGAUUUUUCUGACUUGCGAAAUUGCACUAUUCUUUCAAGAUCAUAUCCAGAGCACCCACGACAACUUCAUAUUUAUUUACUGGCUUGUAAGUUCUUCUUGUAAAGGAUUUUGUAAUGCCAUUAAAUAUUUGGAGAAAUAAUAGACAAAAUGAAAUAUCUCGUGGUAGAAAAUGACAGAAAAAUUAAUCUAACUGCAUUUUUUAAAUUAUGUAAUGCUAAUAGAGGAAAAUAAGUCCGAUUAUUUUAGAUUAAGUUAUUGACUGUUGUAGUGAAAGUUAUAGUUUGACGUUUUCGAAAAAAAAGUUUAUAAAUGGGAAAAAAAUGACAAGUAAUGUAUCAAUUUUAAUCUUAUAUUCAUAUU